GGAACUGUUCAUCAAACUGUGUCUAUAGAUGGGCGUCCACUGGAGACACAGCUUGUCGUCACUCGCGGUUUCUGCUGGGCACUUCUGGGAGGCAUUCCGGGUGACAAACACGUGUGCCGGGGGCACUGCUGAGGCACAAGGGCGUUCGGGGCAGAGGGUUCGUGUCAAUCUGGUCGCUGCCUCGCUUGCGGAAUAUCGGCUCGGACCUAACGGGAGAUAUGAUAUGGCAGUAGCUGCGGUAGUAAUUGUUUCAUUUUGUUUGUAGUGACGACUAGCGGAGUUUGAAACAUUUGUAGUCUG